CUCGCGCUCAGAGAGAGGAACGGAGCGAGCGAGGACAGUGAAAGUCUCCCUCGCGCGUGUAUUUGAUAGAGUUGUGUCCAGUGGAAUGCAUUGAAGAUUAACGUCAGAUGGACUCUGUGAAAGGAAGAAAUAUGAGUAGCAAGACUCUGUAAGAAAGGACUGAGGACCAGAGAGAAGUUUUCAAGCGAGCGUCUUCUGAUAAGCCUCCACAUAAAAGUCAAGAGAGAGCGCGCGAUGAAGUUCGGUGUGGGAUUUUUGUAAUCACCACGUGAAGUUGAUGUGAAGAAGAAAAAGAAAAGAAGAAGAAGCAAGAAGCAACACUUUUUUUGUUCUUAUUAUUGGUCUUUAAGACAAUGAAAUUAACAAUGGAAUUCAAACGUAAAAGCAACUUCCAUGCAUAAUGUGGAUUUCUACGCUGAAGGUAUUUCUUUCUCCUUUUGCUUACGAUAAAAGGAGUUUUUGACGGAUAUAUUCUUUGCCAUCUUUUGCUGUGUUGUCGGUGGACCAAAUCAAAAUACCACGCAUAUUUUUCCAGCUUGAAUAAUUCAUGAAAUAGUGCGUGCCUUCGAGGCUUGGAAAAAAGUUACGGUUACAAUACGGGGAGGGGGGGAUAAUAAGUAGAAUUGUUCAAAGUGGUGAGGGGGGAUGGCCACAGCGGCUUCCAAUCCUUACCUGGCCAGCAAUAGCAUUCUCUCAUCAGCCUCAAUCGUGCACUCGGAGUCCGGAGGUGGUGGCAUGCAGCCGGGAAGUGGUGUCGUAACAUCGGUGUCGGGAGGGUACAGAGGAGACCCCGCGGUCAAGAUGGUGCAGAGCGACUUCAUGCAAGGAGCCAUGUCGGCCAGUAACGGGGGGCACAUGCUGAGCCAUGCCCAUCAGUGGGUUACCUCACUGCCCCAUGCCGCUGCCGCAGCCGCCGCUGCCGCAGCCGCCGCAGCAGCAGAAGCGGGCUCGCCUUGGUCCUCCAGUCCAGUUGGCAUGGCCGGUAGCCCACAGCAACAAGAUGUGAAGAGCAGUUCAAACAGGGAAGACCUGCACUCGGGCACCGCGUUGCACCACAGACCCUCGCAUUUAGGGGCUCACCAGUCGCACCAAAGCGCAUGGGGUGGCACCACAGCCUCACACAUCCCCACCAUCACCGGAGGACAGCAGCAAUCCCAGCAGUCUCUCAUUUAUUCCCAACCCGGUGGUUUCACAGUCAACGGGAUGUUGAACCCUCCUGGGAGUUUAGUCCACCCUGGGCUGAUGCGAGGAGACUCUCCAGAAAUGGAUCACCAUCAUCACCAUCAUCAUCAUCAACAGCAGCACCCUCACCACCACCACCACCAGCACCACCACGCCGGAGUGAACAGCCACGAUUCGCACUCAGACGAGGACACGCCGACCUCCGACGACCUGGAGCAGUUUGCCAAACAGUUUAAGCAGCGUCGGAUCAAACUGGGUUUUACUCAAGCCGACGUUGGGUUAGCCCUGGGAACUCUUUACGGAAAUGUUUUCUCUCAGACCACCAUUUGCCGGUUCGAGGCUCUCCAGCUGAGCUUUAAAAACAUGUGCAAACUCAAGCCGCUGCUGAACAAGUGGCUGGAAGAGGCCGACUCGACCACCGGUAGUCCCACCAGCAUCGAUAAAAUAGCAGCUCAAGGCAGGAAACGAAAGAAGCGCACCUCCAUCGAAGUGAGCGUGAAGGGAGCCUUGGAAAGCCAUUUUCUGAAAUGCCCAAAACCGGCAGCGCAGGAGAUUACCUCUCUGGCGGACAACCUCCAGUUGGAAAAGGAGGUGGUUCGGGUCUGGUUCUGCAACCGAAGGCAGAAGGAGAAGAGGAUGACACCGCCCGGAGUUCCUCAGACGCCCGAGGACGUGUACACCCAUGCCGGCAACGUGAGUGCAGACACACCGCCUCCGUCCAUGGACUGCAAACGGGAGUUUUGUGGUAGAUUACUUAAAAGGUGCAAGUUUGAAAGAUGAACCAGACAGCAACCACAACAGCGUGACAACUACGAGCUCCUAUGGCCAGGAGAUUCUGGUGCACUGACACCGAAAUCAUAACCAGCCCAAAGCCAACAUAGACUUUAUGGAUUGAAAUCACAAAAGAACUCCCAAGGACAUGGAUCAAUGCAGACGAACAUUAAAUAUUAAACAGCGGAAGAAUUUACCCCAGGACACGUAUCAAUUUUACGCACAGGAAUUAUAUUACUCAUUUUAACAAAACGGAAUUGUCUUGUCUACUCUCUUGGAGCAUUAUGUGCAACAAACUACACCUUUUAUAAUUCAUAGUAUUUUUGUGGACUACACUUCUGUGAAUAGCUUUUACACAGAGAAAGCUCUUAAGAAAAAAAAAAGAAAAAAAAAAGAUUGAUUACUCUCAAGCUGCACUUAUUUUCCAAUUUCAGCCGACCCCUUGUUAAACACUUUUUGUUGUUGUUUGGCUGAAUCAUCGUGGAUAUUGCCCUCUCUUCACUGCUUUUUCGCAGGCAGAGUUUUUUUUGGUGGGGAUUUGAUAACAAGUCUGUGUAAAUUUGCCAAUAUGAAAAAUUAAUGUGUUGGUUUAAAUGAUUUGCUUUAUAUUUUUCACUAAAUCAAUUUCAAAUAUUUUCAGGAGCAAUUACAGAUUUGUUGCGCGCUGUGAUGACUUUCAACCUAGUAGCAUCUCUUGUAGGCCUUCCCCCUGCCAUUUUAAAUAUUGAUUAUAUUUUAUACUGUUACUAUUACACUUGUUAUUAUAUACAGAUAUUGUACACAAACGCAUUGACGAAGCUGAAACAAACCGUUGUCAAACCGUUUCCCCCGUGGUUGUUAUUUAAGUUCAGUACUGACUCAGCGAGAAGUGAAUGAGAACAAUAAAUCUGAUAUAGCUUUCA